GAUUCAUUUUCCAUGUGACAGAACUAACCAACUUCCUUCUCCUUCCUUCCAACCCCCACCUCACCGCUCUCGCAGCCGUCCACGCACAGAUUACCCCCAAAUUCUUCCAAAUUACGCACAAAAUUGUGAAGCCCAUUCUUAAAUUUCAAUCUAUACUUCAAAUUUGGAGGCGGAUUCAUGGAUUCUCUGCCUUCGGUUUCGCCCUCCUUUGUUCUGCCACCCGGCGGUAAUCCCCUCCGCCAACGGCGUUGCCGGACGGUCAUCUGCGCCGGACCUGGGCACAGUCGCCUUCGAUUGACUCUUUCCUCGUUCUUCAGCCUUCCGUGCUCUCCCGAGUUUUCCAAGAGGAGGGCGAGGGCUGUUUCUUGUGAGCUGAGCGGCGGCGUCGGCGGCGGCGGAGCUGAGGAAGUUGACGGCGGAAGCGAUGAUGUGGAUAGGGCGCUUCACUUGGAUGGGGGUAUUCCGGGGACUUCCGAUGAGUUCGUGAAGCGGGUGUCGUCGCGUGCUUACGAUAUGCGGAGACACCUUCAUCAGACUUUCGACACGAGCAGCUAUGAUGUAUUGGAUGCCAACCCUUGGAGAGAUACUUGGAAGCCUGUUUAUGUACUAACCCACAAGGAAAACCAAUUGUGCACAAUGAAAACUAGAAGAAAUCGCAGUGAAGUUGAAAGAGAGCUUGGGUUAUUGUUUUCCAAUGCAGCGAAGCGGAGGUCUGAAGUAGGAAAUCAGGCAAAGCAGUCAAGAACUGGUACAAAGUUCCAGAUGCUUGUUGAGGAUGUAAGGGAAGGAGUGCUUGUAUUUGAAGAUCAGAAUGAAGCUGUAAGAUAUUGCGACUUAAUGCAGGGAGGAGGUCAAGGCUGUGAAGGCAUUGCAGAGAUUGAUGCCUCGUCCGUCUUCGAUCUUUGUCAGAAAAUGAGGGCUCUCGCAGUCUUGUUCCGAAGAGGGAGGACACCUCCUCUACCUGAAAGCCUCCAGCUUAACUUGAGGGCCCGAAAACGGUCCCUUGAAGACCAAGAAGACUUAAAAUGAAGUUCUGAUUCUGGAAUGGAAGAUUGAGAAAUCUGUGUCAUCAAUCAAAGGCUGAAGAUUAGGCGAACAGAACAAGAACCAACCAAGCAUUGUAAUAUAGAUAUAUUCAUCAUGUCAUUGAACUACAAAGCAAAUGAAUAGAGCUUCUUUGCCAUUUCUUUGGUUUGAAUGGCUUGAUGUACCUGCCAUUUGGGGAGCACAUUUCAUAAGAACAAAUGCACGAGACUAUAUUUUGGGAGCACACUGAGCAUUGACUGAAUCAGUAGGAAUGGAUAUGCGACAUAAUAAAUGGUGCAUUUAGAUAC